GUUUCGGACUGUGUACCUGAGCUUCAACAUACACACUUACAACUAUCUCUAAUCACAAGCCACCGUAUCCAUCAUCGCAUUGAGAGCUUCAACUUCAAAUGAAUUACGACCGACAUGGCUAAUGCAACAACACCUCUCCUCGCCGGCGACCGUCGCGAUCCCGAUGCGAAUUUCGACGCGCUGAGCGACUCGGAAGAAGAUGUGCCUCGUGGACGAUCUAGGCUACGAGAAGCUCUGCUAUUCGCAUGGGCCCUUCUCGCGACCGCCGCCGUGCUAAUUCUUGCUAUUUGGGCAUCGCAUCAACAACAGACAUCAUUCGACAAACCUACCGGCAAGCGUAAUUUAAUCUUCAUGGUCUCUGAUGGCAUGGGCCCUGCUACGCUGUCUCUGACUCGCAGUUUCAGGCAAUACACCGAAGGCCUCGAGUACGGUGAUACCCUCACCCUUGAUAAGCACUUCUGGGGUAGUAGCCGAACGCGAAGCAGCUCCUCUCUAGUUACGGACUCAGCUGCUGGAGCGACGGCAUUCAGCUGCGGGAUGAAGAGUUAUAACGGCGCCAUUUCGAUGCUACCUGAUUCGACCCCUUGCGGGACUGUGCUCGAAGCUGCCAAGAAGGCCGGAUACAAGACUGGACUGGUUGUCACCACGGAUAUAACUGAUGCAACUCCUGCUUGCUUUGCUAGUCAUGUCAAUUUACGUCAACAAAACGACGAAAUUGCUGUUCAAGAAGUCGGAAAUGGACCCCUUGGUCGUGUGGUAGAUUUGGUGUUUGGAGGUGGACGAUGCCACUUCCUUCCGAACGGAACCGACGGUGCAUGCCGUGCAGACAAUAUCGAUGUAGUAGAAAUGGCAAAGAAAGACUAUGGUUGGAACUAUAUCAACGACCGGGCAGCAUUCGAUGAAUUCUGGAAGGGUAAGAAGGAAGUCCCCCUUCCGAUGCUAGGACUUUUUGCCCCAACAGACAUUCCAUUUGAGCUGGACAGGCGAAACAUGAACGACAUCUACCCCAGUCUGAGCGAAAUGGCUAAGACAGCUCUGAGAGCUCUCGAGAAGGCUACAGAGGACAGCGACAAGGGAUUUUUCUUGAUGAUCGAGGGCAGUAGAAUCGACCAUGCUGGCCAUGAGAACGACCCGGCCGCACAAGUGCGAGAGGUCCUUGAAUAUGACAAGACAUUCAAAGCUGUAUUGGACUUUUUAGACGAUAGCAAGACUCCUGGAGUCUUGGUUAGUACCAGUGAUCACGAGACAGGUGGAUUAUCGGUAGCACGACAGGUGAACGUCGACUAUCCGCAGUACUUGUGGUAUCCUGCUGUAUUGGCCAACGCCUCGUCGUCUUCUGAGUAUCUCGCUUAUCGCCUUCACGGACAUCUUGCACAGUCCACCGAUCAUUCCAUCGACAAGCUCAAGAAAUAUAUUAAUGAGGAACUUGUUGAGCCUGGCCUUGGCAUCCAUGAUGCCUCCGAUGAGGAGCUCACGACUAUAGCUUUAAGCCCGGAACAAGCCCAGGAUUUAUUCGCCCAGAUGAUCAGCGUUCGCGCACAGAUCGGAUGGAGCACUCACGGCCACUCAGCUGUAGAUGUUAACAUCUACAGUUCUGGCGGUCCCGGCGCGGAAGCGAUUCGGGGCAACGUAGAGAAUACUGACGUAGGGAAAUACUUGCGGGAUUAUCUUAACGUCGACGUGGAUGCCAUUACGAAAGAAUUAAACAAGAAGAUGGAUUCGAAGCGAAACUUUGGAAUUAGCCAUGAUAUUGCUAUAGAUGGUAUUGGCGAAGACCACUGGGCAGCCCAUGAGAAGAUGGAAGCUCAACGCGGUUAAUGAGUGGACUAUAAGAUUUAAGCGCAGAGAAAUGAUUUGGGCGGGAUUUUGGAGUUACAAUUUGUCAUCUGAAUAAGGAUUUAUCAUAUGAAUGCAUUUAUAGAAAUAGCAAACAAAGAAUCGAUACCCACUUGCGAAAGAUAUAGUCCGCGUUAAGAUUUUAAUAAUAGUGGUCGCCGGCACAAGAUCUAUCACAGUUACAGUUGAACAAUCUCCUCCAGGAACAUGUAGGGUAACCUGAAGCUCUCUUCCCCAGUGUGUGC